AGCGAGAUGACAGAAUCCAACGGCACCGGUGUGAAUGAGCCGCUUCUCUCUUCUCAGCACACACCAAAACCUGGCUGAACCAUCAGUGCAUGUGCUAAUAAAAGACUGUAAUACUCCUAAAUACUUGAUAUACAAAAUUAAUACUUAAAUAUCAAGAAACUUAAAUGUCGGGUAUUAAUAGGCAAAUAAACCAUAUGAUGGAGACGGAGAUCCACGUGCCGAUCGGGUCGCCAACUAUUAGAAAAUUUCUGAUAUUCGUGGAUGAACAUAAUGUGACGAAAGGUGCGAUGAAACUGAUUAAAGAGCUCAGACCGGGUUGGGACCCGAACCUGAUCCAGACUAAGCUUUUCACAGAUGGCACGACUAACAAACUGAUGGGCUUUUAUAUGGAGGACUACCCCGAGGAUGUGGUGCUAGUGAGAGUCUAUGGCAACAAGACGGAGCUGAUUGUGGACAGAGACAACGAACUUAAGAGCUUCCAGGUUCUGCACGCCAACGGUUGCGCACCCAGACUUUACUGUACCUUCCAGAACGGUAUCUGCUACGAGUUCAUGCAGGGACACGCUCUCGAUACUCAAGACGUUAGGGACCCUGUGUUACUCAGACUGAUCGCCCGAGAAAUGGCCCGCAUUCACGCCAUCCACGCCCACAACGGCUGCAUCCCCAAACCCAACCUGUGGAUCAAAAUGCGCAAGUACUUCUCGCUAGUGGCCACGGAGUUCACCGACCAGGCCUCCAACCUCAGAAUUCAACAGGAAGUGCCCAGUCAGGAAGUGCUGGAACAGGAAAUUACAUGGAUGAAGGAGCACCUGUCGCAGCUGGGCUCUCCUGUGGUGCUCUGCCACAACGACCUGCUCUGCAAAAACAUCAUUCACAAUGAUGAAGAAGGUCAUGUUCGGUUUAUCGAUUAUGAAUACUCAAGUUACAACUACCAAGCAUUUGACAUUGGAAAUCAUUUCAAUGAGUUUGCAGGCAUGAGUGAACCAGACUUUAACCUAUAUCCCAGUCGAGAGAUGCAGUUGGACUGGCUACACACUUACCUGCAGGCCUACAAACUCUUUACUAAGAAAGGUGAGGAGGUGAGCCAGCGUGAACUCGAGACACUCUACGUGCAGGUCAACAAAUUUGCACUGGCCUCACAUUUCUUCUGGGGUUUCUGGUCCCUGAUCCAAGCCAAGUACUCCUCCAUCGAAUUUGACUUCCUCGGUUGGAGGUGACUGUCUUAUAUGAAGCUCUCCCACAUACCACGCAUGAAAAGGUAUGCCGUGCUACGUUUCAAUCAGUACUUCAAGACCAAACCUGCCGUAAUGGCCCUGGAGAUCCCCAAAUGAGAAGACCAGACUGAGCGGAUGCCGAUGGGAUCUGCUGGCCUCUCAGUUGAUUGUUUGAACGUGGAAUCAGAGGUCUUUUCUGCCAGGGGAGGGUAUGGGGUACAGCAAGGGCAGGUACUGGGCCCUCUUACUUUUGACUGACAGUAUGUCUGCCAACUCUCAGUUCUACAAAUUCUUUAUUUGUUUCUCAAACACUUGAAUCAUCUUUUGGGAGUCCACUGUUAGUUGCUCAAGUUUCCCAUCAAAUGAAUGUGUUUUGAUGUUUUAGUUACACUUUAUUUAUUAAUUGUUAUAGGGCACUUCUUUGCACCAAAGCGGUCCUUGCGUUCUUGGAGCUGGGACUUCUGUGGAACUUUUUGCUAUGGGUUUUGCAGUGUAAGAGCAGUUGCAAUCUUUUGCAGAGUGGAUUGUUAUGAAGGAGGCCCAUUGUGAUGUUUAGCAAGGCGAUAUGUUGAUACUGCAGGCUUCGGUUAGCACAGGAUAGAUACAGAAAUCUGAUUCUGGCCUGCUGUGGUUUCAUAAUGCUUUUGUCAAACUGAUUCGGCCCACCUAAUGGCCCACAAAUGCUCAAAAUUAAUAUUUAUUUUAGAGCACUGUAGACAAAAGUAAAUUGGGGUAAUGGGUAAAAAUCUGGUUUGCUAAUGCAGAGGUUUUGGUUUAGAGCCAGUUAGGGGUCACUCGGGAACUAGACAGUUACUGAGGUAAAAUCCUGCCCUAUCCUGCACUAUUAUGCACUUGAGCAAGUUACUUAACCCGCAAUAAGUGUCCCAUAAGUCACUUUGGAUAAAGUCGCUGCUAAAUGGCAUGUAACUAAGUAACCAGUGAUGUAAAUCUGGCUUUAAACUAGACAUUCCCAAGAAGUCAAGACCACGAGAUCCCUUGCCGUCUGCAGGACCAUGUUUCUGCCUCUUUAGCUUUUAUGGUUGUGAGAAGUUCUGUUGAAUUUUCCAUUCAUCACAGGCUGUUGAAUAUUACCACCUGCUUUCACCCCCUCCUUUCCUAAAUGUGUUUGCAUUACCUGGCAGGAAUAAAAACUGAGAUUCAGGUCACCAUGUGUGCAAACUUCAGUACUCAUUCUUCUCAAAAGAAUAGUUCAGCCAAAAAUUAUAAUUGUGCCAUUAUUAAGUCCAAACCCAUAUGACUUUUUUUUUCCUUCUGUGGAUUACAAAAGGCGAGGUUUUUUUUUUUUUUUUUGCCAUGUAAUGACUGGACUGUGAAUUGUGACAUCUGUUUGUCAAGCUCGAAAAAGUACAAAAAGCACCAUAAACCACAGUAGAAGUAUAUUAUAUAAUUAUACUUCCCUAAGCGCACAAUCACGUUGUGCGAUGAACAAAGCACAAUUUAUGUCUUUAUUCACUGUCAAUUCAAAUCAUUAAUAAAGUGCUACGAUGAAAUAUGAUGGCUUCAUCGAUAAAAUCAAACCUUCUCAUUGUGUCUCUUGACCAAACAUGCAACAUGUCAAAUUUUUGUGUUCCACAGAAGAAAAACAUGCUUUGGAGCAACAUGAGGGUGUAUAAAUUAUCACAGAAUUUUCAUUUUGGGUGAACUAUUCCUUCAGGCAAAAAACAAAAACAAGAUUGUAGUAUUUAAAUUAUAAAUAUCGAUUGCAGCCUAGAGUUUAAUAGCCAUCUCACUGAUGAAAAUCACCUUGAAUUACAUUUUAUAGCUUCAGUGCUGUCAAUCUAGGAUUUGUCCCCUAAUAGAUGAGACAAUUUUACAUUUCCCAGUAUCGUUGCAAAUAUUAUGCUAUUGCCAUAUAAAGAUUUUUCCAUUUCUGUCUGAAUAAAACAUUCCGGUAGACAUUUUUCUUUCACCAAAGAUGUUCACAAAUGAUUAUUUCAUAGAGCAUCUCAAAAACUGCAAGAAUUACACCAUUUAAGUCGCUCCUGCUGUUAUGUUGUACUGUAUUUAGAGGACAUACAUUUGGGUGAAUCUGUCAUUAACAUGUCCGGGUCAUAUAUUAAAAAGAAAAGAAAACAAAUCUUUUGCUUAAAGAAAUCAAAGCCUUUUUGUUGCACCAUUGCGAUUCUUUUUCUUUCUUUUUUUUUAAGCACUGUAACAUAAAUUCAACAAUUCAGCACAUUUUCCCUCAAAUUAUUUGUACCUUAAUGCAAAAACAUCUCAUUCUCUUUGCUGUAAUUCAAAGAAAAUAUUUUAUUUCAAUUGUAAUGUAUUUAUUCAUCAUGGUAGUUUUUAUUGUUCUGAAUUUUGAAUUUAUGUUGAUUUAAAAAAGAAAAAGUAAAUAAAAUAUUGUAUUAUAGUAAUGAGAAUCUAGCAAAAAUCACCAUUGGGAAUAAUUGGAAAAAUAAAAUAAAUAAAAUUCAAAAUAAAAUGUUCCGAACAUUUGAAAGGAAUUGUGCAUAAUUGUCAAGAAAAUAAUCUUAAUUGUCCUAAAAUAGACUUAUAUUUUACAUAUUUGCUUUUUUUUUUUUUUUCUUCUUCUUCUUCUUCUUUAGAUUUUGGGGUGAAAUGUGACCUAGAUAUGUUUUGGUGAGAUUCACCUAUUUAGAGUAUCUGUAUAACUGAAAUCACUAUCUGUCUGGCAGCUUCCUGAACCCACAAGUGUCCUUUUACUGACUGGCCAGUUCAGUCGCUGGUCAAUUAUUACAGCAGUCAUUUCAGAACAUCUUGAAACUGAAACUAGUCAUUGUGUUUGAGCAGUUUGGGUCACAUUGAAAUCUUUGAGGCGUCUCUGGCUCUUUGUCAGGUGCAGGUUAAUAAUGAAUCGUUUGAGCUGCAGGCGACGACUGAAAGCAGGAAGCCCCUCAACAAAACCAUGAAUAAUGUGUUAGCCAAUGUUUCUCUUAUGUGUUUAAACUGUCUGAUAGCUCUGUGCUGUUGAUUGUUUCCUUAUCUGAGCUUGGAUCCAAAAUUAAUUGAUUGCAUUUUUAAGUUGAAUCUCAUAAGGUAAUGUCCUCACAAUAAAAGGGUUGAAAAUAAGAAAUAAUUUUUGCAUAAGAAUGAAUAAAUAUUGCGACAUUAUUUUCAUGACAAUUAAGCAUAUUUUUAUCCCCAAAUUCUCAUUACUCUUAUAUAUAUAUAAAAAAUUAUAUAUGUAAUCCUCAUAAC